AUGGAGGAACAAAAAAAAAGGGAAUUUGUUGAUAACACGGCGGUGACGUUAACACUACCAGCAAUCAAUCCGAUAAUACACGAUCAUCUUUUAAUCGCUAAUUUAGAACACGUGAAAGCGUUACAAGCAUCUCUGUUUCCUAUAUACAGCAAAGGGACGUUUAUAUCAAAUUUUCUCAAAAACAACAUAAAGACAAAUCAAUUAGAAAUCAACACAGACAUAACAACGUUUCGAACUACAGCAAAAUUAAAAGAACCAAGAGACUUAUUUGCGCUGCCAAAAGAACUUGAUUGUCCACAGCAAGCUCCACGAUGGCCUUCGGAAUGCCAAGUCGUCGAAGACAGGAUACAACACAUUGUUUGGAGUCCUGCUACGCCAGAACCAUAUUACACUUCAACUGGGAAAGAAUUGAGACCGCAGCCUGUAGGCGAAGAAGCAGGAACGGUUGUAUUCCAAUACUAUCCUAUGAGUGCGGUAAAUUACUUCAGUCGAUCUACAGUGGGUGGGUCUCGAUUAUACCUAUCGGCAUGUGCCAGUGCUGGUGGUGAAGAUGAAUUAAAAUUCGAAUCACGUUUCGAAAGCGGCAACUUGGCAAAGGCAAUACGAAUCACAUCAGCAUACUAUGAACUCCAUCUGCGGACGGAUCUAUAUACUAACAGACAUAUGCAAUGGUUUUACUUCAGAGUGUCUAAUACGAAGAAACAAAUGAUGUAUAGAUUUUCUAUAGUCAAUUUAUCAAAGGCUGAAAGCUUAUACAACGAAGGAAUGCGACCUCUAUUGUACUCAACCAAGGACGCGCAGUUGCAUUCAAUCGGAUGGCGACGAUGUGGUGAUAACAUAGCUUAUUAUAAAAAUGAUUCCACGAGUGAAGAAGAGGAACAAUUCCCAAGCUACACUUUAACGUUCAACAUUGAAUUUCCUCACACGGAUGAUGCUGUUUACAUAGCACAUUGUUACCCUUACACGUAUUCAGAUCUACAAGAAUAUCUAUCGAGAUUACAGUCGCACCCGGUCAAAUCAACGUUUGCAAAACUGAGGCUUUUAUGUCGAACAUUAGCUGGAAACAAUGUGUACUAUUUGACCAUCACGGCUCCCCCAAACCCAAAUGAAAUGGAACAAAAGAAAAAGAAGGCGGUGAUAAUCACAGCGAGGGUACAUCCUGGAGAAACGCCAUCUUCGUGGAUGAUGAAAGGUUUUAUGGACUAUUUAACUGGAGAUUCAAAUCAAGCUCGCGAAUUGCGUGAAAAAUUCAUAUUUAAACUGGUGCCUAUGUUGAAUCCGGAUGGCGUUAUUGUUGGCAACAAUCGCUGUUCGCUUACCGGAAAGGACCUAAAUAGGCAAUACAGAACCGUAAUACGGGAAACGUAUCCACCAGUUUGGCAUACCAAAGUAAUGAUACGUAGGCUACAGGAGGAAUGUGGUGUUGCAAUGUAUGUUGACUUACAUGCGCACUCGCGAAAGCACAAUAUAUUUAUCUAUGGAUGCGAAAGUAGAAAAAUUUCUGAUAAGCGGUUACAAGAACAAGUUUUCCCAUUAAUGUUGCACAAGAAUGCAGCAGACAAGUUUUCGUUUGAAAAUUGUAAGUUUCGAAUACAACGCAGUAAAGAAGGCACCGGAAGAGUUGUUAUAUGGAUGUUAGGAGUGGCAAAUAGUUAUACAAUGGAGGCAUCGUUCGGAGGAUCAGAAUUAGGGAGUAGAAUGUCAACGCAUUUUUCAGUCCAAGAUUACGAGAGUUUAGGCCGAACAUUUUGUGAGACACUGUUGGACUUUUACGACGAAGAUCCCAGUAAAGAACGACUGAGAACAAAAAUAGUAACAAGGCUCUUAAAAGAAGGUUCCAAUGCCGAUGAGCCGACUAACAUAGAUCUGUCUGAUUACUCUAGUGAUGAAGGUGAUACUUCUAGCAGUAGUUCUGAAGCUGCAGAGACAAGAGAAGGAGUCCAGAAAGCACAACCCGUACCGCCACCGUCGCCAAUAUUUCCAGAUAUCAAUAGGUGUAUGAUUGAGAAGACAAGAAAAUUACGACCUAAAUUAGAAAAUACAAAAAGGCAGGAAAAGAAGAAGACCAAACGAGAAACCUUACAGGUAUCAAGAGCAACAAUUGAUUUAACGUCUGAUGCAAUGUCAGAUGCGUCUUCAGAUGCUGAAUCAUAUGAAGGUAACUUUAGCCCAGUAAGAAGAGCCCACAAAAUAUUUUGCAGUUCAGCCAAGGCAAAACCCAAAAAGAAGAAAAAAAUGCCACCUGAAUUAAAAAUUGUUCGAGCACCAACAAGUGAUUCACCAUAUCAUUCGGAUCGCGAGAGAAAAAGCAGAAAACCCAGAAGACCCCGCAGUGUAUCUAUGUUUAACCAACCAACAGAUAAGCCAAUGUUGCAUCCAGCUUCAUGGCAUCAAUUUAAAUGUCUACCUCCUGCAAAGUGUUUAUCAGAAAUAAAAGGCAGAAAUACACAGCAAGCAGAACUGCAAGUUAAAUUGAACUCCUUAAAAAGGAAUGUAUGGAGUGGAGUUUAUCCUGAGGAAAAGGGACCAUUGUCAUGGGGAAUUUCCAAUUUUGCCAUGAAUUCUUAUUUUACUGAUAGUGAGGCUUUACUAAGAUCCUGUUCUAAAAAAUUAGAAGAAAUUGAGGGAGAAAGAACAAAAAGCAAAGAUGAUAAGAAGAAAAAGAAAACAAAAAGUAAAAAGCAGACAUCAAAGACACCUAAUAAUACUACUGAGUCCCUAGAGCCUUUGAACAAAUUGACUAAAACAACAAAAAAGAAGGGAAAGUUAAAACACACAAAAUCAGAAAGCUCCUAUGGAAAUAAUAUAAGCUUCACAGAUGUACCCCGAAAUACACAGCAACCAAGUCAAAAAAUAACUUCAGGAGAGAGCAGACAAGCAAAAUUACAUUUUCGAAAAGGUGCCUAUGUGGCCACUGCGGUACAAAACAAGAAAAACUCAAAAGCCAAUAAUGUUAUUUCUGAAAAUUCAGACAGCGACUAUUCUAUUCAGUUGACACAAAAAUUGAAGAAAAAAACAAAAAACAAUAGAACAAAAUUUUCA